GGCCUUAUUUAGUUAUAUCAUCUCUAUAGUACUCAGAAACCACUUCAACACGCCUUUUUUCAUUUUUUGCAGUACAAAAAUACCAAACAUGGUAGUACAAUGGACCAUCUAGUCAGAUUUCAACAACGCCAACUCUCCCACAUUUGUCCAUAUUUUCUCUCUCUUCUUCCACCUGCUCCAUCAACCUUCAACCUCCUUCUGCUACUUUUACCUCCUUAAAGCCUUCUUUUUCCUCCUCUUUUCUUCCCCUUCAAUUAUUAAAUUAAACCUCUGCCAAAAAAAAAAAAAAAAAAAAAACCAUUUGCAAUUGCUCUGUGUUUUGCUCAUGCUUCUUUUAUGGCGCUCAACAACAUCAAAGACCUCCAGCUAACGUCGACCCGCGGUUCCGAUGUUUCUGACGCUGUAGACCUCGAAGAUGUGCGCUUACUUGACCAUUAUGAAGUUUCCGGCGCAUCGUUGGAGGAUGGAAUUCGUAAUUCGCGGAGAAUUCAAGUCAGUGUUGGUGGUAUGACCUGUGCUGCUUGUUCUAAUUCUGUUGAGUCAGCUCUUCUUGCCGUUAAUGGCGUCUUCAAUGCUUCGGUUGCUUUGUUACAGAAUAAAGCUGAUGUUGUUUUUAAUCCUGAUUUGAUCAAGGAUGCGGAUAUUAAAUCUGCUAUCGAAGAUGCAGGAUUUGAGGCAGAAAUUUUGCCUGAACCAAAUUCUUCUCGAACAAUUCUAAAUAAAACUUUGUUGGGGCAGUUUAAUAUCAGAGGCAUGACUUGUGCAGCAUGUGUUAACUCGGUUGAAAGUAUUUUGAGGGAGCUCCCUGGGGUUACCAGAGCUGUGGUUUCCUUAACAACUUCGUUAGGAGAAGUUGAGUAUGAUCCAUCUGUAGUCAGCAAGGAUGGCAUUGUUAACGCCAUUGAGGAUGCUGGAUUUGAAGCUUCACUUGUACAGAGCAGUGAGCAGGGUAAAAUAAUUCUUGAGGUUGCAGGGAUUUUUGGGGACCUGGAUGCACAGUCUCUGGAAGGGGUGCUUUGCCAUAUAAAAGGAGUGCUACAGUUUCGUUUUGAUAGGAAUUCAAGAGAGCUGGAAGUUUGCUUUGAUUCUGAAGUCAUUGGUUCUCGGUCCUUGGUUGACGCCAUUGAAGAAGCUAGUGGUGGCCGAUUUAAAUUGAGUGUGAAGAACCCUUAUGCCAGAAUGACCUCUAAAGAUCUGGAAGAAUCAUCAAAAAUGUUCCAGCUUUUUACAUCCAGUGUCUAUCUUAGUGUUCCUGUAUUUCUUAUUCGUGUCUGCCCCCAUGUACCGGUGUUGUAUCCUUUUCUCCUGUGGCGUUGUGGACCUUUCCUGAUGAGGGAUUGGCUGACGUGGGCAUUGGUGAGUCUUGUUCAGUUUGUCAUUGGAAAGCGUUUCUAUGUAGCAGCUGCUAAAGCAUUAAGGCGUGGAGCUACAAACAUGGAUGUAUUAGUUGCAUUGGGAACUUCAGCUUCCUACUUUUAUUCUGUCUGUGCUCUUCUUUAUGGGGCUGCUACUGGUUUCUGGUCUCCAACAUACUUUGAGACAAGUGCCAUGCUAAUAACAUUUGUUCUCUUGGGCAAAUAUUUGGAGUCCUUAGCAAAGGGUAAAACAUCAGAUGCUAUCAAGAAGCUUGUUGAACUUGCACCUGCUACAGCAUUGUUACUUGUGAAAGACAAAGGCGGGAAAUGUUUAGGAGAGCGCGAAAUUGAUGCUUUGUUGAUUCAACCUGGUGAUCCAUUGAAAGUUCUCCCUGGUACUAAGGUUCCAGUAGAUGGUGAAGUGUUGUGGGGUUCAAGUUAUGUCAAUGAAAGUAUGGUCACUGGUGAAUCUGUCCCUGUCUUGAAAGAGGUUGAAGCACAUGUGAUUGGGGGCACAAUGAAUUUGCAUGGGGUACUUCAUAUUCAGGCAACCAAAGUGGGAUCUGACACAUUUUUGAGUCAGAUAAUAAAUCUGGUUGAAACUGCACAAAUGUCCAAAGCUCCAAUACAGAAAUUUGCUGACUUUGUUGCAAGUGUAUUUGUUCCUACUGUGGUUGUUAUGGCAUUGUUUACACUAUUGGGCUGGUACAUUGGUGGAGUGACUAGAUCUUAUCCUCAAAGCUGGUUGCCAGAGAAUGGCAAUUAUUUUGUAUUUUCCUUGAUGUUUGCAAUAUCAGUUGUUGUAAUUGCAUGUCCAUGUGCUUUGGGUUUGGCUACACCUACCGCUGUCAUGGUCGCAACUGGGGUUGGUGCUAAACAUGGCGUGCUUAUAAAAGGAGGAGAUGCAUUGGAAAGGGCUCAAAAGGUCAAUUAUGUCAUCUUUGAUAAAACGGGGACUCUUACGCAGGGAAAAGCCACAGUUACAACUGCUAAAGUUUUCACUGGCAUGGAUAGAGGAGAAUUUCUUAGAUUGGUGGCUUCUGCUGAGGCUAGUAGUGAACAUCCUUUGGCAAAAGCAGUGGUUGAAUAUGCUCGGCAUUUUCAUUUCUUUGAGCCUUCUGAAACCAAGGACUCUCAGAAGAAUGACAAGGAUUCUGGAUGGCUUUUAGAUGCUUCAGAUUUCAUUGCUGUGCCUGGAAGAGGAGUCCAAUGUUCUGUUGAUGGAAAACAUGUUCUGAUUGGAAACAGGAAGCUGGUUACUGAAAAUGGGAUGGCAAUUCCUAAACACAUUGAAAAGUUUUUGGUGGAGCUCGAGGAAGGUGCACAGACUGGAGUACUUGUUGCCUGUGAUGAUGUACUAGUCGGAGCUCUAGGAGUAGCUGAUCCUCUGAAAAGAGAAGCUGCUGUUGUCAUUGAGGGCCUUUGCAAAAUGGGCAUUAGACCUGUCAUGGUCACUGGGGAUAACUGGCGAACAGCUCAAGCUGUUGCCAAGGAGGUGGGCAUACAUGAUGUGAGGGCUGAAGUGAUGCCAGCUGGGAAAGCAGAAGUAGUUCGUUCGUUUCAAAGUAAUGGAAGUGUGGUGGCAAUGGUAGGUGACGGCAUCAACGACUCACCUGCUCUUGCUGCCGCUGAUGUUGGUAUGGCAAUUGGUGCAGGAACUGAUGUCGCCAUUGAGGCUGCUGAUUAUGUCUUGAUGAGAAGUAAUCUGGAAGAUGUAAUAACAGCCAUAGAUCUUUCAAAGAAGACAUUCUCACGUAUCCGUCUGAAUUAUAUCUUUGCCAUGGCUUACAACAUAAUUGCUAUACCCGUUGCUGCAGGUGUUUUUUAUCCCUCGAUAAAGUUAAAUUUGCCCCCUUGGGUGGCUGGUGCUUGCAUGGCUCUCUCUUCUGUAAGUGUUGUUUGUUCUUCUUUGCUUCUUAGGAUGUAUAAAAAACCCAGAUUGACAAGUAUACUUGAGAUAACUGUAGAAUAGGGCUCGAACUUUGAAUUUGUGGGUGACCUUUGGGCUCCUUCAAGUUUGUACAUGUGAGAGAUGAUUUUUAACGAUUUAAUGGGGUAAAAAAAUAGCUGCCCUACAUUCCUCGUAUAGGGAAACUGUUGUAACACAUCCUGUAUACUAUGUUAAUGCUUUUCUUUAGUGGUUGGUGAAAAUACGCCAUCGUCUUUGUAUGGAAUAGGCGUCCGUGUGACAGUGUGAGCUGGGAUAGUCUUAUGUAUAAUGCUAACACCAUACGUACACGAUUUAGGUGUAUUACUUUCUUUUUAAAGGCAUCAUGUAACUGUUCUAUGAAAGGAAAAGACAUUAAAAUUUUAUUUA